CUUCACAAAAAUCCUCUAAUUUAAUUUAAUUUAGCGUAGCGUCGGAUGGAGGGGAAUUUGUGAUUGCUUAGCACAGCGGAAUGGAAGUUAAUACUUGUGAUGGGAGUUUGCUGCAAAGGCGAGGAUAACUAUUCAGUUCUGCUGAAAAUACGUUGUGCUAUAUUUGUUGUUGUUUUUUUUCUCUCAUUGAUAUAAAUUGCUCUCGAUGGUUCAUGUAAAUAAAAUAUCUCCGCCGUGAUUUGGACUAUAUUUGCUCUUUCUUUAUUUCUUAAUAACAAUCAUAAUAAUUAUCUCAGUAGCAGCAGUAGUGCAGACCCUGGUGUCUUGUGCUUACCUGCGGUGAAACGGGCGUAGAUUGUUGGGACUAAAAGGCUUUUAAUAGCGAUUGCACGGACGUAGUAAUAAUAAUAUAGUCAAAUAACAGACUCCGUGGCAAAUGAUAGACAAGUGAGGGAGGAAAAAACGCUGUGAGCUCGUGGAGCAGUUUGCAGUGUGUUUCACGCACUCCCUCCCAGGCACGGAGAGAUGACAUCGCCGUCAGAUACGUCACGACGGAUCAAACAGCUACCGUUUGAUGCAACUCGGAUGCUUGGAAUCUGUGGCCAACUCGUCUGUCGCUUACUCUUCAUCGUCUCCGCUUACAUACCCAGCUACCGGAACCGAAUUUGCCUCCCCGUAUUUUCCCACGAACCACCAGUACACGCCCUUACACCACCAGUCGUUCCACUACGAGUUCCAGCACAGCCACCCGGCCGUGAACCCGGACGCGUACUCGUUAAACUCUCUGCAUCACUCGCAGCAGUAUUACCAGCAGCUCCAUCACGGCGAACCGGCGGACUUCAUCAACCUUCACAACGCCCGGGCGCUCAAGUCUUCGUGCCUGGACGAGCAGCGAAGGGAACUGGGCUGCCUGGACGCGUACCGCAGGCAUGACCUGUCAAUCAUGAGCCACGGCUCUCAGUACGGCAUGCACCCCGAGCAAAGACUGCUGCCCGGGGCGGGUCUGGGGCUGCCGCCACCGGGGGCCGAUGACCUACAGGGAUCUGUAGACGCGCAAUGCGGACUCGUGUUAAAUGGCCAAGGUGGUGUGAUCCGGAGAGGUGGCACAUGUGUAGUGAAUCCUACAGACCUGUUCUGCUCCGUACCAGGAAGACUUUCUCUUCUCAGCUCUACCUCAAAGUACAAAGUGACCAUCGCUGAAGUCAAACGGCGCCUGUCUCCUCCAGAGUGUCUCAACGCUUCUCUACUCGGUGGAAUAUUAAGAAGGGCCAAGUCAAAGAACGGUGGCCGGUGCCUCAGGGAGAAACUGGACAGACUGGGACUCAAUCUCCCAGCAGGCCGCAGGAAAGCAGCCAACGUCACACUCUUGACCUCUUUAGUGGAAGGAGAAGCGUUGCACCUGGCUAGAGACUUUGGUUACACCUGUGAGACUGAGUUUCCCACUAAAGCAGUCGGGGAGCAUCUGGCCCGCCAGCACACAGAACCAAAGGAACAGAACGCACGCAAGAAAAUGGUGCUGGCCACCAAGCAGAUCUGUAAAGAAUUUCAGGAUUUGUUAAGUCAGGAUCGAUCACCGCUCGGUUCCUCUAGACCAACACCAAUUCUGGACUUGGACAUUCAGAGACAUCUAACACACUUCAGUCUGAUCACGCAUGGAUUUGGUACGCCGGCGAUUUGUGCAGCUCUUAGCACCUUUCAAACGAUUCUCAGCGAAAUGCUCAAUUACUUGGAGAAACACUCAGCAAAUAAGAGCACAGGAACGCCGGACACCAAUCAGAUCAACUCCAACUCGGACAAAACACUGCGCAAAACCGAGGCACCGACAAAAGACGGUAAAAUCGAGAAGACGGAAUGACUCUGAAUGACACAGAAGUGGCCGCUGUCCUGACUGAGCCCUGAUGGGCGGGACUUGUUCAGGGUGUGGCUACUAGGGGCGGGGUUACUGGGUUUUUAUUCCAUAUGCAUUCAUUUCUACAACUGGCAUACCUUCCAACAACCUCAGCUUUCCCUGUAUGAGAGUCUGACUGUAUGUACAAACCACUCACCAUUCUCACUGCCCGCAAAAAAAAAAACGCAAACCAUUUCAUUAUUUUCUAAGUUAUUGAAGAAGUUAUUUUGCUUAAAGUUUGUCUGUAAUUAGUUUAAAUAACGAUUUUAAAAAUGCAAUAUCUUUUAUUAAAUAAAAAAAGACUCACAUUCCAUUUCUGGCGAGGCCUCGUUUGAGGUCAGUUUGAGACUGUAAAAAUAUUACAGGUAACUUUCCCUGUUAACUACUGUAUAAUGUGCAUGUUAAACUUUGUACACCAUCCGAAAAGGAAAUCCCCCACUGUUGUACCAGAACACAAAACUCUGACUGCAUUUGUAAAAAAAGUUAUAUAUAAAUAUAUAAAUUCAAUCUUUUCUUGUAGGCUUUGAACUACAUAUAUGAAAUAACCCUACAUGCAAACUACUGGUGUUCAAUAAAGCAUAUUGCUCAAAGUCUUAUAUUA